AUGAUCCUAAAGACCUACGCCCUCGUCGUGCUGGGCCUGCUCCUCGGAGCGAUGAGCCACUGCGCAGUUGUCGUCGGCAAGAAGAGGUACCUCAUGCUGGCCGAGGGCUACGAGAAGUACAUGCGCAGCGUGGAGGAGAAGCGGAUGGAGGAGUGGCGCUGCCCGAAGGGCGACAAAAACAAUUCGUUUGUGGCACCGCCGAAAUCGAAGGAGCAGGCGAAGCAGGUCGUGCGCGCGAUGAAGUGGAACAUGGCUGGCGUGAGCGGCAACGUCUUCGAGUUCUGGGGCCUCGCGCCGAACAGGAUCGCCGAGGCCGUGGAGCGCUCGGUGCGGACCGGCUGCAGCGGGCGGCGCUUGGGGGACGUGCUGACGGUGGAUCGGACGGCGGAGCUGCAGAGGCUGCUCGCGGGCGCCGGGCUGCCCCCGCUGCCGGAGGGGCUGCUGAGGACCCUGCGCGCGAGGGGCGUAGUGGCGUUCCUGUGCGACGAGGGCAUCGGCGAGAAGCGGCUCGUGUCCCUGCCCGACCGGGCCACCGCGGGCCUGGGGGGCGGAAGGCCCGGGGCCACGACGGCUUUCGCCGGCAGCAUCGGGUCCAUGGAGGAGUGGUGGUCCGCCUGGGCCCGCUUCGUCUUCGAGGGGGACGCGCUCGGCAAGGUCGUGCCGCACCCGGAGAAGUACCACGCGGCCCUCACGGAGGUGGAGAUCGAGCUGUCUGUGUCGCUGCAACUUCUUCACCUCGCGCUGUUCGACGGCGCUCUGGUGCAAAUCCUCAACGACGUCGAGCCCGGCUGGAUGGACGUCAAGCGCCAGCUCCUUGCCGUCGACAAGGUCUCCCUGGGCGCCAAGAUCCUCAGGGAGGCGUACGGCAGCUUCGACGUCCUCCUCCUCCAGGAGAGGUGA